UGUGGGAACUUGCGAAUAACACGAAUUUCGUUCCGCUAUUUUUUUUGUAGUUUUUGUUAUCAAUUUCAUCAAAUUGUAUCUGCAUUUAUAUCUUAUUGAUAUGGAUUGCAAAUGAAUUGGAAUGAUUUGCAAUAUUUAUCAUGUGUAGAAAAGUGUGAUGAUAAUCUUAAGCUGAAAGUUUAGUGUUGUAUUAGAAGCAGCAGUCCAAUAAAUUACGGAUUGACCACAUCACAAAACAACACAUACGGCUGGGGCGAGUAGUGGAGAAAACUUUCACAGUUAUAACAACAAACAAAAAGGGAAUUCACAAAGUUAGUGCAAGGGAAUAACGCGUCAUUAGAGCGAAGUGUAGUAAAUUGCAGCAAAUCGUUUACAUAUACACCCACUCGCCCAAUAGCUAAGCAAAUAUGUCUACAGAGGAGCCAGAUUGGCGCCGGUGCAUUGCGACACGCUUACGCGAACGAUGUCACAAUGAGUCGAGGUGCAAGGAAAUCAUCCUGCAAAAUAAUCGUUUACUUGAUCAGCUAUCGCAACAAAAGGCGGAGAACUUAAAGAUUUCAGUUGAGUAUGAGCAAUUGCGUGCAGCUCUUUCAACAGGUGGCGGUAAAGACUCAUCGGGCGCACACAUCGCUAUUGCGGCGCUCGAGAAGAAAUUGUUGGCGCAGCAGGAAGAGCUGACCGAUCUGCAUAAGCGCAAAGGCGAGAAUUCACAAAUGAUUGUCGAUUUGAAUGUGAAUCUGGAGAAGCAGAAGAAAAGCAUAGCCGAAAAAGACCAAAAAAUCACCGAACAACAAAUUGCCAACAGUUCAUUGCGCGCAGAGGUGGAUAUGCUGAAAUCGAGCUUGGAACAAUUGAAGAAACUUAAUACGACCUUACUCGAUGAACACACUGCAUUGCAGUUGGCGUUCAGCUCUUUGGAGGAGAAAAUGCGUGGCGUGCAGGACGAAAAUCGCUGCCUUCUGGACCGUUUCAUGCGUUACAAAUCGAAGGAUGCCGACAAGUUGAACGAAGAGAACGAGAAUUUCCUAAGAAAAAGACUGCCGUCAAUUUUCAGAAAACGUUCGGAUAAAUUGAAACGCGAUCUAGAAGACGCUGUCCGUGAACCAGGCUCACCGCGUCGCGAUUCGGCUAGUCCAUCGUAUUUGGGCGACGACGGUGAUAGCAUAUCGCUGACAGGUGGUGGCAAUAACGGUGCAGCAGGCGGUGUUGACUAUUUUAAUCUCGAUGAUAUGUUGGGACCAUUACAUGAACUACCUCCCUACAAUCCAUGUAUAAUAUCUUCCACAACACCAACAACAAUAUAUGUGAAUUUCGAAGCGCACGAAAACGAAUCACAUGCGGUGCGUUGGAGUCCGGUGGAGCGCAUGGUGGCAACUGGUGGCGCCGAUCGUAAAGUAAAACUGUGGGAUGUGGGGAAAGUUGUUCAAGAUCCGCGUGCGGUUUUGGGUGGCAGUAGUGCCGGCAUUAAUUCUGUGGAUUUCGAUUCGACUGGCACGUAUAUACUGGGCACCUCGAAUGAUUAUGGCGCUCGCGUGUGGACAGUGGCGGAUAGUCGUUUAAGGGUAAGUGGAAAAGGUGAAAAAGCGCAGAAUGGCAAUGCCAAUGACAAUGACGAGUGUGCCAGUCAAAAUGAAAAUAAUUUAGCGGAUAUUAAGGCAAAUAAGACGUGUGCUGCACGUGGCAACUGUGCAACGGAUAGUCUGAUGAUCAACGCUGAUAGUCAGUACUUUAGUAGCGUUUGAAUGUGCAUACAUCGAAUGUCAACGGAAUAAGAAAAAUUAGAAAGUAGUUCUUGGUUAAUGAAAACAUUUUUUAAUUUAAAAAAAAAGAAAACAA